CUUUGACCCUUUCCUGCAGAUGUUUCGGAUAUGGCGGUCAUCUCUAGCGUGUUUCGCAGUGGUCUCUUCAAGGAUCGCGUGGCUAUAGUGACCGGAGGAGGAACGGGCAUCGGACAGGCUAUAGCUCUGGAACUUCUGUACCUAGGCUGCAAUGUCACCAUUGCAUCCAGAAAGGUUGACAGGCUGGAGAAAGCUGCUAAAGAUAUGAACAGUAGGUUAGCCAAGCAUUUAAAUGCUCCUCUGCCCAAGCUGAAUACAUUUAAAUGCAACAUUCGUUCAGAAGAAGAGGUGAAGCAACUUAUCAGAAACACAGUGGAAGUGCAUGGGCGUCUUGACUUUUUGGUGAACAAUGCUGGUGGUCAGUUCUUGAGUCCUGCAGCCAACAUCACACUCAAAGGAUGGUCCGCUGUCAUUGAUACAAAUCUCACUGGUACCUUUCUUUGUUGUAGGGAAGCAUACACUCAGUACAUGAAAGAAAAUGGUGGAACCAUCAUCAACAUUAUUGCUGAUAUGUUCAAAGGCUUUCCUUUAAUGAGUCAUACUGGUGCAGCCAGAGCAGGUGUGGACAACCUGACAAAGUCCUUGGCUAUUGAGUGGGCAGACAGUGGUGUGCGUGUAAAUGCUGUAGCCCCAGGCAGUUCCAUAUAUUCAGACACAGCAGCAGCCAACUAUGGAAGUGAUGAUAUAUUUAGCUUCAUAAAAUCCAGAGUUCCUGCUAAAAGAUAUGGUACAGUGGAAGAGAUCUCAGCAGCUGUGUGCUUCUUGCUGUCACCUGCAGCAGCCUUUAUCUCUGGGGAAACAGUGUUUGUGGAUGGUGGAGGGAAAUUGUACCAAAAUAUGUUAGAUAUUCCAGACCAUCAAAGAAGCAAAGCUUAUACAUGGGAGAAUGAUGUCAAGGAACAAGAGUCCUCGGGAAACUGUGGGCCACAGUCUAAACUGUAAAUGCUUUGUUUCUGCCAUAAAUACAUAGAAGUUUUGAUUCUUCAAUUUCCACUUAAAGUCAACGAAUACAAAAGUGUUUUUAAAAGUAACUGAAACACAAAAGUGGACUUUUUAAAAAAAAAUCCCUACUGUUGCCAAAACAAUACAACUAAAAUAAGUGAUUCAAAAUAAUCCUCUUGAUGCCAAUGAGCAGAUUGAAUGAAAUGUACACUUUGUUUAGCUAUUCAUCUGUUGUUUGUUUUACAUUAUUUGCAUUUGAACUCACUUAAGAUUAAGUUCGUUACCCAUCUGUAAUAAAUACAAGUAUUAUCCUGUUGUGUUGCACAAUGAAAGUCAAGGGUGGAUAUUUAGGCUGUUUCUUUUUUAUGAAGUUGCAAAAUGAGACACACUAAAAGAUAUUGUUAAAAAUAUUUAUUGCUUGCUUGUGAUGUCAGUGCAGUUUUAUGCAAAAUCUAUGAUCUUUAACCAAAAUGUUUUUUGAAUGGUGUUGAUGAAAUCAUUAGCUGAGAAGAACACAAUAUGCCUAAUGUUUCAUUGAGUCAGGAUUAUUAUCUGGAAUGAUGCAUCUUUUCAGAACAACAACUUCACAGUGAUUCUGUCCUGACCAUGAGUAUGCAUAAUGUGUGUCUGUAAUUUACUUCAUGUGAUGAGUAGGUGUGUGUUGUAGAAGUGAGCCUGUCUGUUACAUGCAAAUAUGGGUGUAUGGUACUUAAUGAUUCGGUCUAUAUAUAAAUUAUAAUAAAGUGCUCUGAGCAAAUCUU